UUCUCAGAUCUGCGCAAUCCCUGCAAUUUCACACUUAGCUGGAGAGCCUAACAAAGCUUGAAGCUGCCUCCUUCCUCACCUCCCACAGUUCUUUUCUACAAAAUACUUGGUUUCAUCGAAGCCGGAACGUCAGAAUGAGUUGAUUUCCCUGGGAACAAUGUGGGCAUAGGAUACAAUCCGUCCAGGAUGGGAGGUAGCUGGGACGAGCCAAUGUCGAAGAGGGUUCCGAGGAGGGUCUGGUUAAACUGCCAGAAACCGAUGGGUGUCCUCGUGGGUGGCAAUCACACUUCAUCCAGGUUUUGCACUCGCUAAUUCCUCUCCCCCUUCUCCGUUCCGGCUUUCCAUUCUCUCUGAUAUUUCAGACAAUUCCAAAUCUCCUCUGUGGAUUUUGCUUCUUCUCGGUGAUCUUGCUCUCGCGAACUUUCGUGGGUAUCCAAUUUGAAAUAUUAUGGAUACCAGGACCUUGACAUUUCAGAUCUUUAAAGGGUCUGUGGGGAGGCGCGUCCUUUUUCGAGCAUUCUUAGUGGCCUCUGCUCUUUCCACCGUAACUUUGGUCCGCGUCCUAUCAAACUUCGAUCUGGGAGCGUUGGCUCCGAUUACUUAUAAUGACUGUGUCGCGGAUUCCGAUUCUGCUACCGUCACUUUGACUCAGGGCUCCUACCUGUUUCCGAGUCGGAUACUGAACACCUUUUGGAGUUCAUUUGACUCUAUGAAUUGCAAGCAAGAUGUCAAUUUGACUGCUACUGUGGUCACGGAGUUGAUGGGUAAACAGUUUUUGGACUGUAAUGCUAAAAGUCUCUGUAUUGGAGAAGGAGCCUUAAUGGCCGCCUCGGCAAUGCAACAGUUGGGAUUCUCCAGUGUCAACGGUGUUUACAAACACCGCUUUUUCUCGCUCAAACAGAAAAAAUUCGUGUACGAGCUUCAUUUUCCAGAUUCUUCAUUCGAUUUCGUGUUUUCCAGGGACCUGGAUAAGGUUUCAGUUCCUGCAUUGCUCGUGCUUGAGGUGGAACGCGUUCUUAAGCCCCGUGGAAUAGGUGCCCUGCUUGUGGGUGCUAGUUCUUCGAACCCAAAUGACUUGAUAAGGUCUGCCACCCCGGUAUCGUCAUUGCUGAGAUCUUCAAGUGUCGUGCAUGUUGGUCAUAUCAAUCAACUAAACCUCGUGGUUUUCAAGAAAAGAUCCGACAAUACCAGCACCUUUGAUAGUAAUAACCUUCCAUCAGACUGUCCAAAUCUUACCCUUAACAAACCUCUCACGGAGCUGUUGGAACCUCUCGUGGAGGAACGACUCCCUCCAGAGUUUGUAGAACGGAUGUCAUAUUUGCCCAAGUUUGUGGAUGUUUCGACGAGAAAGCGAAUGGUGUAUAUUGAUAUUGGGGUAGGGAAGCCGCUGGACGCAAAUGUCAGUGACUGGUUCCUCCCGUCAUAUCCCAUCGAUCAGAAAGAUUUCAAUGUCUAUUUGGUUCACUACAACACUUCCAUCCUGUUAUCCUACGUGAAACGACCUGGUAUCACUUUUGUUUAUCAUCCAGGACUGGCUGGAGAUGUUGCGGCCAAGCUCAACACAGAUGGAGAAGUGGAUCCAUAUGUCGGAGAGGAAGAGUUUGAUUUCCUUGCGUGGUUCAAAGAAACUGUGCGGUUUGCAGACUUUGUGGUGCUGAAGAUGAAUGCAGGAGAAGUUGAACGGAAGUUCCUCUCGGAUAUACUUGAAAGUGGAGUCAUAUGCUUCGUUGAUGAGAUGUUCCUGGGCUGCCCAGGCAGUGGGGAUGAUAAAAAUACGAAGGAAAUGAGAAGUUGCAUGGAUAUCCACAAGGUUCUUAGGAGCAGCGGCGUCUAUGUGCACCAGUGGUGGGGAAACUGAGCUGCUUUGAGGGCUUCUCUCCUGUUUGAUCAUUAUUGAAGUUUGUGUGUUUGUUGUAACGUGUGACUUGUAUUUGGACCAUGGUCCAAAUAUCUAAGGAUAAUAUUGCUUUUGUGGUCGUUGUCUGUGAGUGCGGGAUGCUGAGAACAUCCAAGUGCUUUUAUGGUUGGGCGCUUAAAACUAAAUAAACAACCAUUGUCGUUGUCGUUUGUUAUUAAUGAAAUCGGUGUUUGAUCGUA